CCUACCCCCUCUUCCCUCCCCUCCCCCCCGCUUCGAUCCGGUGUCUGAGCUCCUCUUUGGCUCCCGCCGUUCCCAUCGGAGCACCCCCCCCCCGGUUGUAGUGGGAGGCGGGGCUAUGGAGACGGAGUAUUACUGUGGGGAGCAGUCAGAAUUACAUAUGGAACACUUGGAAUAUGCUCCUGAGGAACUUAGUCUGAACCCUUUCCAAGGGGGCAAAAGAGAUGAUGGUGGAGCCACACCAGUACAGGAUGAGCGUGAUUCGGGAUCGGACAUGGAAGAUAACAGAAAUGAACAACACUCUGGAUCAGAGAAUGGCAGCAUAGGACAACAUUCAGAGAAUGAACCUAGUGAUGGGGAAGAUGACAGACAAACUCUAGAACAUCCCAUGACAGACUCGGAAAAUGAAGAUACACCGAGAGAGAAACAUAGUGAUUCAGAAAACGAGGAUGCCGUUAAUCAUAAUGGCAGUGAUUCAGAAAAUGAAGGGGUUGAUAGAGAGAAAGAUAGUGAUUCCGAUAUUGAAGACAAUCCUGUUCAACCUGCCAGUGACUCUGAGAAUGAGGAUGCUAUAAAUAAUCAGGCCAGUGAUUCUGAGACUGAGGAACCUCCGAAGGGCCAUGGCAGUGAAUCUGAAAAUGAGGAACCUCCAAAGCACAUGGGCAGUGAUUCCGAACAUGAGAGUUUGCAUAAAAGGCAUGAAAGUGAUUUAGAAAAUGAAGAACCCCAGAAACAUCCAACCAGUGACUCCGAAACUGAGGAGCACCCAAAAAGUCAUGACACUGAUUCAGAAAACGAGACAGUGAAAAAGCCUGUUGUCAGUGACUCUGAAAAUGAGGAGCAGAAGGUCCAGUCCAGUGACUCUGAAUCUGAAGAUCCCUCCAGAAAUAAAAAGAAAAUAGAGGUAGGUGACAGUGAUGGAGAAAAUAAGAAAGAAGAGGAACUGGUGAAUAAUGCUCAGCUUUCAGAUAGUGAUAUUGGAAAGAAACUUCAUGGCUUUGACAGUGAAGAAGAAGGAAGUCCCAAAAAACAGAAGAUAGACAGUGAUGAAGAAGAUGGAAAAGAGGAGGAGAAGUUGACCAAAAGGAAAGCUGUUGUGCUCUCUGAUAGUGAAGAUGAAGAAAGAACACCUGCCAAAAAGGGCCGCAUUAUCUCUGAUGGUGAUGAAUCAGAUAGUGAUGCUACAUCAGGGAAAUAUGAAAAGCAAAAGAAAUCUAUCGCUUCUGAUAGUGAGGAAGAUGAUGAUAAGGAUGACAGUGGAAAGAAAAAAGAAGAAGAAAAAGAUCUUUUUGGAAGUGACAGCGAGUCAGGAAAUGAGCAAGAAAACCUCAUAGCAGAUAUAUUUGGAGAAUCUGGAGAUGAGGAAGAAGAAGAAUUUACAGGAUUUAACCAAGAGGAUUUGGAAGAGGAGAAAGCAGAAAGAAAAGAAGUAGCAGAUGAGUCAGAUUCUGAUGACAAUAUCAAAAGAGGAAAACAUAUGGACUUCAUGUCAGAUUUUGAUAUGAUGUUACAACGGAAAAAGAGCAUGAGUGGCAAACGCCGGCGCAAUCGAGAUGGUGGGACAUUCAUUAGUGAUGCUGACGAUGUAGUCAGUGCCAUGAUUGUUAAGAUGACUGAAGCCGCAGAGGAGGACAGACAGUUGAACACACAGAAGAAACCAGCACUAAAGAAAUUAACUUUGCUCCCAACUGUAGUCAUGCAUCUUAAAAAGCAGGACUUGAAGGAAACUUUCAUUGACAGUGGUGUGAUGUCAGCCAUCAAAGAGUGGCUUUCUCCAUUACCAGAUCGGAGUCUUCCUGCCCUGAAAAUUCGAGAAGAGCUCUUGAAGAUUCUGCAAGAGUUACCUAGUGUGAGCCAGGAGACCUUAAAACACAGUGGGAUUGGAAGAGCAGUGAUGUAUCUCUACAAACACCCAAAGGAAUCACGGUCCAACAAGGAUAUGGCAGGAAAGCUAAUUAAUGAAUGGUCCCGGCCCAUUUUUGGUUUAACAUCAAACUAUAAGGGAAUGACUAGAGAAGAAAGAGAACAGAGAGAUCUGGAGCAGAUGCCUCAACGAAGGCGAUUAAGCAGCUCUGGUGGUCAGACACCCCGCAGGGACCUGGAGAAAGUAUUAACAGGAGAGGAAAAAGCUCUCAGACCUGGUGAUCCAGGAUUUUGUGCUCGUGCCAGAGUUCCAAUGCCCUCCAAUAAGGAUUAUGUAGUGAGGCCAAAAUGGAAUGUGGAAAUGGAGUCCUCUCGGUUCCAGGCAAGUUCGAAGAAAGGUGUCAGUCGCCUGGACAAACAGAUGCGGAAGUUCACAGACAUCAGGAAAAAAAGCAGAACAUCCCAUGCUGUAAAAAUCAGCAUUGAAGGCAAUAAAAUGCCAUUGUGACCUUCCCCAGAAUCACCUUUGAUGGUCUCCUGUAUAGACUCUCAGAAGAUGUCUACAUUUUUUAAAAAAAAAAAACUUUGGGGUUUUUAAGUGCAUCUUCAAAUUGUUGGUUCGACUGAUUGUAAUACAUGUAGAUUCAGGGUGAUAAACCCUGGGACAUUGUUCAUUAUGGUUUUAUUUAACCCUGACCUCGUUUCCUUUGUACAGACAAAACCUUGUAUUGCUGCAAAUCUCAUACAUUAAAAUCUGUUUCUGAGGUGGGGUUUGUGUGAUAUUUUGUGAAUUGAAUGUGUAUAUAGAAGUUUUACUAUUCUGAAGCCUCAAAGAAUACAAGAGCUUGCAUUCUUACAUUAUAUUUUGAUAAUUAAAGGUAAAGUGUGUUUGUUUACAUAUUGUAUAUAGAUUUCUGUUAACUAAUCAAAUACUAUGAUAAGCCAUUUGUUCUUUUAAAAUAUUUUUCCUUCGGAACUUUAGAACAAAUAUAUCACAUUUUUGAAGAGAAAGAAAGAACAUAUUAAACAUUUAAUAUGCUUAUGUCAUGGGGUUUAAGAAUCUUCUGAACCUUAUAAUAUAUUUUAUCUCUUCUGUAAAUGCAUUGUCAUUUAUUUUAAUGCUUAUCACAGAAGGAAUGCAUUUAAGCAACAGUAGUUGGAAGUAAUGAUAUUCCAUUUCCUACUAUAGAGUCAGCCAGAUGUUCAGACUGGAUUUUAUCCAUCAGAUUAUUUUCAACGACCUGGAAUGAUUGACAGCUAUUAAUACUUGAAGGGGUUAGAGAUAUUGUCACAGGAUGCAAGCUGUUCCAAACAAAGCUGCCUCUUGCAAUGGCCUGAUGCCGAUUAUUAAAAUAAUUCAUCUGGAGUCAUUAAUACGUUUAGGAGCACAAUAGGAAUACGUGGAUUCAUUGAAAUUCCUGCAAUCUGUUUUGCUGUCUGGUGCAUUAGGGUUAGGGUCACAGGGUCUCGAAUCUGUUCAGUUGUAAAAAUGCUCAAAAGCUUACUUAUUUUUGCUUACAUGCCAUGACUAAUUCUGAACCAAUCCUGGCUAUAUUUGGAAAUAUGAUUUGAAGAAUGUGAAACAUUCCUUUCUUGAAAUCUUUCCCCUCGCCAUUUGCUUAAACCAUGUAAAAGAUGAUGUUCUGUAGACCUGUUUUCCAUAUUGGGAGAGCUUUUUCUUGUAGUUCAGAUACAUGCAAAUAGAUCAGCUUGGGCUGAGUUCCCCAAGUAGAUAGUGUUAUGAGCUUGGGGCGUGGGAGGAGCAAGUGGCAAAAUCUGCCUGACAAUAAUGUCAUGCAAAUGGCAUGACUGGUGAGCAUCUGAUGCCAAAAUGCAAGUCUAAUGUCAUCAAGCACCUAUCAUUCUGGCCAUCCUUGUGGUUUGCUGUUGGCACUACGGUUCCAACCUCUUGCUGCAGGAUACAAUACUGACAUUCUUGCAACUAUGAGCCAUACAAAUGCGUAUCCUUAGGCAUACUGCUCCAAAAGUAAUAUGAUGAACCAUAUUUUAUUCAUUAAAUAAUUCAUUCAUUAAAUUCAAUUAAUGGAAUGAAAUCACAUUGUCUAAUCUUUUCUUUCACUUGGCUCUCUACCCACUUUAUGGAAUGCAAGUCACAGCACAUCAUUCAAGGAUAAUUCAAUUUUGUGCCUGAGACUCCCUCCACAUUCAGUAUGUUUCCAAAUACUAUUCAUCAGAGAAUGAGUGGGGAAGAACUAUAAUCACGGGCAUCGGGAGUGGGUGGAAGAAUAUCCCUUAUGUAUUUACAUUUUAUCUCUAUAGGACAGAUUUCAAGAGAUACAACUAUCAAUUAAA